AUGUUCUUGCCAUUUCCACAAAGUCCUUCGGUACACGCUGUCCACAAAUUCGCUGAAUUCCUCGGCGCUAACUACGUUGAGCAGCGUCUCACACCAGGUCUCUUCACAAACUAUUUCAUUAAGAACUUCUGCGAACCACGCCUCAUGAUUGUCUGCGAUCCAAACACAAACUCCCAGGCCGUUCACUAA